AACUUUUAGAACAACUUUUAGAACGACUCUUAAUGCAACUUUCAAAUCAUUCCCAACACGUCACUAUAUUCAAGAUCCAAGUCUAGCUCCUUUUUAAUAUGCAUUUUUUCGCUGUUCCAUAAUUCAUCAAGUAUUCAUCUGGUACACUUUGUUGUAUAAUCUUCCAUUCUUACGCGCCGGCCUUGUCGUUGAUGUAAUUUGAUUUCUCCCCCAUGCGGCCUUGCGUUCCUGUGGUUCGCCCGUCCACUCCUUUCCAAGAUGCCAUGGCCAUGGCGUGAUCGCGAGACCAACGGCGACUCGUUGCUUCCGCUCUCAGUACCUAGUAUUAAUGGGAUAGAUCGGAAUCAUGGCGAAGAUGGAGAGGAGCUCUUGGAACGAGCGCGAUCUAUCUCAAGACAGUCGGGGCAUGUCCGGACUACAUCCGCUCAAUCGCGGUCCGUAGCAGAUGGUUAUUCCUCUCUCACUCCAGCCGAGGCGGCAGCUCAGCUUCAGACCUCCUUAACCCACGGCCUAACACCCACCGAGGCCCUCUCGCGAUUACGAGACUUUGGUCCUAAUGAAAUUCCCCAUGAACCCCCAGAUCCAUUAUGGUUGCGAUUUAUAAUGCAGUUCCGAGAACCAUUGAUCAUACUACUCCUCGUAUCCGCCUUUCUCUCGAUUUUCGUGGGUAAUAUGGACGAUGCCGUUAGUAUCACGAUCGCUGUGACAAUAGUCGUCACGGUUGGUUUUGUGCAAGAAUAUCGGUCUGAGAAAUCGAUCGAAGCUCUCAAUCAUUUAGUCCCAAAUCACGCCCAUCUAGUUAGGGCGCAACCUACGCGGCCUCCUCCUAGUACUAAAAGUGCAGCAUGGCCUCCAGCUAUUAGCGACCCAGAAGAAAAGACUCCCUCGACCGGUUCGGAGACUCCAGAUGAGGAAUUGAUGGAAGCUACGUCGUCCAAGGUCAUGGCAGCUCAGCUAGUACCCGGGGAUUUAGUCUUGUUCACCACGGGUGAUCGUAUUCCGGCUGAUAUCCGAAUCACAAAAGCUGCCGAUCUGACCAUUGACGCAUCAAACCUUACUGGGGAGAAUGAACCGCUGAGAAUGACUGCCGACUCACGGUCGCGAAGCGUUAAUACACCCUCCGCCUUUGAGCAGUCUGCAUUACGUCUCCCUAGCCCGUCUAUCUUAUCCCCACCCUCGUACAAUGGGCAGCAUAGAGAAGACGCGCGCAAUCACGGGCUUAACAACAUCGCAUAUAUGGGAACUCUAGUCAAAUCCGGCCAUGGACAAGGAAUUGUUUUCGCUACGGGUGGUAAUACGCAUUUCGGCACAAUCGCUACGAGUGUGUCGGGGACGGAAAGCCCACGUUCCCCUCUACAAGUAAAUAUGGACCAUCUAGGGCAGCAGCUCAGCCAGAUAUCAUUUGGCAUAAUCGCCCUGAUAUCCUUAGUCGGGUUACUCCAAGGCAAGAAGCUCCUGGAGAUAUUUACUAUAUCUAUCUCGCUUGCUGUUGCGGCAAUCCCUGAAGGGUUGCCUAUUAUUGUGACGGUUACCUUGGCCCUCGGUGUUCAUCGCAUGGCAAAACAUAACUCAAUUGUUCGAAAGAUGCCAAGCGUGGAGACGUUAGGCUCCGUGAACGUCGUCUGCUCUGACAAGACGGGAACUUUAACUAUGAAUCAUAUGACAACGGCGAAGAUGUGGUACUUUGGAUCCAAGGAACCGAUCGACGUCGAUUCGGACGAUGAAGCGACGGAAAGGACGCCCGACACCGCGGCACUUAGGAUCCUGCGCAUUGGCAAUAUUGCGAAUAAUGGACGACUCGCUCAUUCUGCGAAAGGAGCACUGCCAAAUUCUCAAGGUAGAGAUUUUGCGCCGUAUACGCGAUGGGUCGGACAACCAACUGACGUUGCGAUGCUUGAUUUGCUUGAUCGAUUCAAGGAACAUGAUGUGAGGGAUUCUAUUGGACCACGAACGGCCGAGACUCCUUUUAGCUCAGAACGGAAAUGGAUGGGUGUAGUAAUUGGAGCGCAACCUGGGAAUAGCGACAAGGAGUACGCCUAUAUGAAGGGUUCUAUAGACAGAGUUCUUGACGCUUGCGACACGUAUCUUACAGCUGACGGCCGCGAGAUGGUCAUUGACUCUAUUCGCCGCCAAGAAGCACUGGAAGCAGCCGAGAGAAUGGCCGAAAAGGGACUUAGGGUCUUGGCCUUUGCAAGUGGCCCAGUCGCCAGAUCUAGACGAAGUAGAUCUGAGCAUACAUCUACUAGGAGCAAUACACCUCUAAGUGCAGAUGGAAGUCAGAGUCCGCUACCCCAACACGAGGAAUUAUAUAAGGGCUUGACUUUCGCGGGGCUAGUAGGCAUGAGUGAUCCUCCACGCCCUGGAGUUUCUCGCUCUAUCCGAAAGUUGAUGCGAGGCGGUGUUAGGGUCAUAAUGAUUACCGGAGACUCUGCAACCACGGCGUUGGCCAUUGGAAGGGAACUUGGUAUGCAAAUCGCCACACCCCGCGAGCAUUCGUCAAACCAGAGUGCGGUGAAGCCUGUGCUCACUGGCGAUGAGCUCGAUGCAAUGAGCGAAGACGAUCUUGCAACUGCAAUGCAUACCACGACCAUUUUUGCCCGAACAAAUCCGGAUCACAAAAUGAAGAUUAUUCGAGCGCUCCAGUCUCGUGGCGAUAUAGUUGCCAUGACCGGUGAUGGAGUCAAUGAUGCACCGGCGUUGAAGAAGGCUGAUAUUGGUAUUUCUAUGGGAUUACACGGAACUGACGUUGCCAAAGAGGCUUCAGACAUGAUUUUAACCGACGACGAUUUCUCCACGAUCCUUCAUGCCAUCGAGGAAGGCAAAGGCAUAUUCAAUAACAUCCAGAAUUUUAUCACGUUCCAGCUUAGCACCAGUGUGGCUAGUUUAGCUCUGGUCUUCCUCUGCACAUGUCUGGGUUUCAGAACCCCCUUAAACGCCAUGCAGAUUCUCUGGAUUAAUAUUAUCAUGGAUGGCCCUCCUGCGCAAUCCCUAGGUGUAGAGAAAGUUGAUCCGGAUGUGAUGUCACGUCCACCACGUUCUCGAAGCGAACCGGUUCUAACGAGAGCCCUGCUUCAACGCGUUCUAACCUCGGCCGCGAUUAUCAUGGCAGGUACAAUGGCCGUAUAUACCCACGAGAUGCUAGACGGCGAAGUCUCUCGGCGUGACACGACGAUGACUUUCACCUGUUUUGUGUUGUACGACAUGUUCAACGCGUUGACUUGCCGAUCGGAAAGCAAGUCCGUAUUCAGGGGCGAGGUGGGCUUAUUCUCCAACAAAUUAUUCAAUUGGGCGGUGGCACUAAGCUUAGCUGGCCAAUUACUCGUAAUUUACUUCCCGUGGCUCCAAGAAGUGUUUCAAACCGAGGCUCUGGGGUUCUUCGAUCUUAUCAGACUAGUCGCGUUGACGAGCACGGUGUUCUGGGCUGACGAGGUCAGGAAAUGGUACAAAUAUGGGCGUAGGCGGUUGGGCGGGUACAGUCAGGCCGUUUAGAAAUCCUGGGCGAUACAUAGUAGAAAUGGUGUUAUUCGCCGGGUGUGGUGUGUCUGAUUAGGUACACUAUAUAUGGACCUCCUUUGUUGGGUUACACCAUUAAAAUAACUAUAGCAUUUGAUAAACAUGUAAAUCAAUUUACGAACAUAGCAAAGCACGUUCCAA